AGGCGCGCGGGGCUGGAGAGGAGCGCGCACCCGCCUCCGCUCCGCCUCCGUCCGGGGGCGCGGGCGCGGUGGCCCCGGCGGAGGAUCGCAGGGGGCAGGGCCGAGACAGAGAGGAGGGGCACCGAGGGAAGCGGGAGCGAUAAAAGGAGGCAAGGCUGCCCCACCCCGAGGCAGGCCGGUGGGCAGGCUCUUGCGUCCCUUCCGUCCGGCCUGUGCCGGCGGCGGGGAGGCGCGCGGCCCGCUGCCGGUCCAUGGAGGCUUUCCCUUGGGCGCCACGCUCGCCCCGCCGCGCCCGCGCCCCCGCGCCUAUGGCGCUCGUGCCCAGCGCCCGCUACAUGAGCACCCCGGGCCCGGUGCACCCGCAGCCCUUCAGCUCCUGGAACGACUACCUGGGGCUCGCCACGCUCAUCACCAGGGCUGGAGACCGCAGCACCCCGCCCUCCUCGUCCCACUGCUCCUCGCACGAAGGGUCCGGGCCCUUGGCGGCGGGGCCCACGCUUGAGCCGCCCGACGACGAGGAGGACGACGAUGGCGAUGAGCCAGGGGCCCGGGACCGCUACCUGGGCGGCGCGCUGGAACUGCGCGCGCUAGAGCUGUGCGCCGGCACUGCCGAAGCCGGGCUGCUGGAGGAGCGCUUCGCCGAGCUAAACCCGUUCGCAGGGCGCGCUGCCGCGGUGCUGCUGAGCUGCGCGCCCGCCGCCUCCGCCGCCCCCACGACCGAGGUGACGCCGCGAGAGGUGCCGGGCCCUGCGUGGGCUGCCGAGCCUCGUCUGCACGCGGCCUCCGGGGCGGCCGCCGCACGUCUGCUGAAACCGGAGCUGCAGGUGUGUGUGUUCUGCCGGAACAACAAGGAGGCGGUGGCGCUCUACACCACACACAUCCUCAAGGGCCCCGACGGCCGAGUGCUCUGCCCGGUUCUGCGCCGCUACACGUGCCCCUUGUGCGGUGCCAGCGGCGACAACGCACACACCAUCAAAUAUUGCCCGCUUUCCAAAGUGCCACCGCCUGCUGCCCGCCCGCCGCUGCGCAGCACCAGGGACAGCCUGCCCAGCAAGAAGCUGCGCUAGGGCCGGGCUGUGGACACCUGAAGUCAUGGUCGCGCCUCCUUUUCCGUGACUCAACUUUGCAAGUGGUCUUCGUUUUGCGGAAGCCGGCGGGGCGCAGCAGUCUCCAGUGGAAUGGUCGGGUCUCUGACGUUGAAAUCUUGAAUUUUGUCUCUAGUUUCUAAAGCGCGCAUCCAGAACCGUGAGGACUGAACGAGUAUGCCACCGGCUUUAAGUGGCGACUGGAGUUGCUUACUGUAUACGUCGGCCUAUUUUAGGUGCGCAUCGUUAUGAAAUUGGCUCUGAUUUGGGAUGUUUCGUUUCAUGAAUGGAGGCACUUUAUUAGGUCUAGAGUAUUUUUUAAUAGCCUCUGAACUUUAGUGUGUAAAACUAACCAUUUUAUGGAAUGUCGGCAAACGUCUAUUUUAUUGUUUGAUGCAAUUUAUUAACUUUUUAAGUUUGUCCUUACUCUAUUUGCAGGUAAAACAAUUCAGUACACGUUCCAGUAUUAAUUUAAGAGGGUGUUCCUCAUCGUGGCUUGUUUCUGUCCUAACUGGGAGGUUUAAAGGCACAAUCUGUAGCAGGUAGAAUCGUUCUUAACCUUUUAUGUAUCCGAUAUUCUACUGGAUUAGCAAGUAGCCCUUCCUACCCUUAAAAUUAACUGUGCCAAGUCCUAAUCAUAUCAUGUUCAUAUUUGGAAAUGGUGCUGUUUAAGAGACUUGUGUAUUUAUACAGUGACAGUAUACGAAUACAUUAAUCUCCCCUGUAACUCCUACUUAGCAUUUCCUCUAUGCACCAUUCCCCAACCUGUCCAAUUCUUUAUCAUGUCUGAUGCUAAGAUCAGAAAGGAGGAAACCCAAGAACAGUGUUUUAACUCAUCUUGAUUGUUCCAUUUCAGGCUUACUAAAUAGAAAAUGGGAAACUAUGAAGCAAUAACCUGAGAUUCAGAAGGUUGUACUCUGGGCUGUCUGCCUUCAGAUAUACAGGUGUGCCAAAAUAAACAUCAUUUAAAGGCUCUAAUAAUUAGGGUUGGAUGUAAGUAUCAUGACCUCCCUGGUUAUGAUUCCAAUCUUACUGGUCUGCUUCCAGAACCUAAUCUUGAGGCAAAAGUUCCUAACCCCUUAUUUCCAGUAAAUCCAUCACGUUGAAUGUGGACUAUGGCAUAUAACUGCCAUACAGACAGAAGAGGCAAAGAUGGAAGUGAAUUAAGAUAAACUCCGACAUAACACUAACACUAUCUGAAAAUACCAGGCAAGAGUAUAUAAAACUUCUGGUAGUCAGAUUAGCUAAGUACUGAGAAUAGACUUUCAUAUGAAACAGUUAAUUUUGACAACAAACUGACUUCCCGUGUACCAGAGAGUGAUAUAAAAAUACUAAAUAGCUGUGCACCCUUUUGGUAAAAGGGGGUGGGGGCCACAGGGUGCAUCAUAUCAUAUACAAGGAGAAGGGGUUGGUGGAAAGACAUUCUUAGCAAGGAAGAAAAUACCCGUUGCAGCCCCACAGAAUUGCAGAUUCCACUCUGCCUGGGCCUAAACUUAAGUAACAAAGCAUGUAGUUCCUUGUUCUUUUGCUAAAAAAUAAACCAUUUGUUUUGGGGCAAAGUUUUUCAAGUUAACAUAAAUUCACAUUCUUUCCCCUAACUGGUCUGUUUUUCAACCAUUCUCAAAGGCAAGAUCAAGUCAUUCAGCUCUUCACUACACAUGCCUUGGUGGAACUCCUGAAUUUCAAAGAGCACACACCUUACCAAAACCAGGGGUGUUGAGAUAUGCAUUCCUGUUCAGUGGAUGGUACUAAGGCGACCCAAAAAAAUGUGCUCACAUUAACUAUCUGUUAUACUAACAAAUGGGGAAAUGACUACCAAUAAAGUGCUGAGUUCUAUCCCCAGCACCCACAUAAAAAUAUGGGAAUGGUGAUAUGCUUAUACUCCCAGUGUUGGUGAUGCAGAGGCCAGCCUUGCUAAAACCCUAUCUCAUGUUAGGUGGGCUCAUGAAGACUAUCCCUCUGAGGCUGACCUUCACAUAUGUACACAUUUAUGAAGUUUGGGGUGAUUUUUUUUAAGCUAUGGUCUUAACCACAGGGGGAAGCAGGCUAGCUCCAGGUUUGGAGAAUUCCAGAUUCAAAGAAACCCCUUGUGUGAACAAAAUAAAAAUGUGGAAUGUGAUUGAGGAGAGCACCUCUGACUUCCAUGUACUUAUACAAAGAACAUGUAUACACAAAAAACAUCCCAUACAUGUUCUCUACUCUAUACUAAGUCAAUUUACCAGCUAAUUCAAAGUCUUCGAUAUAAACAAAAAAUAUUGGUUUUCUAGUGUUAGAGCUCGAAAGGAAAUAGACCCACCACCACCACCAAACCCUUGGAGCCAGGUAUGAGCCUUUAAUCCUUGGAAUGUGAUGUGACACUUUAUAAAGGUUCUGUAAAAAUGUUUACAGUAGAAACUCAAGUUUAGGGCUAGAGAUACACUCAGUGGUAGAGCACUUGCCUAGAAUGCACAAAACCCUAGGAUCAAUCCCCAUAACAGAGAAGUAAAUGAAACUUAAGACCCAAAGCUUAAUACAAAACUGUGACAAGGUUGGCUUCUAAGAACACUCUGGUAUCUGGUUAAACCACAAAAGGUACAGCCCUGUAACACCUUUUCCAUGAGCACAACAGGCUGUGCUAUGCUUUAGCCUGUCUGUCCAAACUUGUUAAUUCUAGUGGCUUUUUACUUCCUUGUACUUGAUUUUUUCCUACAAAAUCCUGUUCAGAAGUUAAAUAGCUUUGAUUAGAACUUCUGUCAGAUAUAUUAAACCAAAACCAUGUAUUUCAAAACUAUCAGAAAUGUAUUUCAGAUUAAUUUUGUUGUCUUAAGCGUCUUGGUAAGAACAUUCCCUCCAGUGUCUCGUAGUUCUAUUAUAACAGCCAAAAUGUCUUUGGGGAAAAUACAACAGAUGGAAGUAUAGUUUUUGAGACUGCGUCUUACCAGCCAAUGCUAACCUGGAAUUUCAGUAUCCUUCUGCCUCCCCCAACAAAGUUCUGAGAUUACAUGUCAUGUGGUACUGGUGGUUAUUGACUAUACCUACACAUAGGUUCAAACCCCUUCCUGGUUGGCACUCUAUGGGCAAGCAUGAUAAAGAUCUUCUGAGGGGCCUCUCUACCUUCAAGAACAGCUACAGGAGCUGCAAGGUUCCAUUGUUUACAACUGCCAAAAGCCAUAGGGCUCACCUGGAGAUUAAUCAGCUUUCCUUUAAUUUGUUAAAUGAGUGCUGUGAUAGUGGAAUCCCACGAGCUAGACCACAAAGCAGAAGCAUCAGAUAUUUUUGCCCCUACCCUGUUCUCUGGGUUCUCUCCCAGAACAAUAAGAAUGCAGACAGUGUCUGGAACCCCAGCUAAGCUGCAAAGAUAGAACUGCAGGCUACCCCCACCAUAUACAUUCAACUACAUGUAGUUGAUUAAAAUAAUCACUUGCUGGGGAUUAUCUCUGGCAUCACAGUAGUGUCUGGCUCACUAGUAAAUGCAUACAUAGGCGGUUACUGUCUCAAAUAAAACCAAUGAUCUCUAGGUCUUUUGCAUGUUUGAAAUUCCAAUCCUUGGAAGCACCAUACAAAAAGCACAUAUUCAGUAAGAAGAGCAUCAGCUCUCCCUCUUCUGGUCUGACAGCUGUAACAAAUUUUUAAACCACUACCAUAUAAUGUAUAAAGCCCACCCCCACUCAAAGUUUGUCACACAAACCCCCUACAACUCUGUUGCUUUUUUUGUUUUUCCUUUUCCCAACAGAUUCUGUGAAUGGUAAGGACGCUUCACAAACUUGCUAGCUGCUACCAUUUGCUUUGUGUUAUUGUUAGGUUAUUCUUUGCUACUAACACUGUUAAAUUUUAAUAGCAUUGAUAAAUUCACAAAACCUCAACUGAAUACAUGAACUAUAACACCAUUAACAAAUUAACACUAACACCAAUUAUGUAAGUAUUUUAUUUAUCACUGAAGAAAAAACACAGCAGCAAGUUCUGUGUUGGCUUCAAUAAGACCAAAUAGUUAUUACUCUUUAACACAGCUACUACACUCCAAAAUUGAAGUCAACACAGUCAUCACUACAAAUUACUUGUUGAAAUAAUCUAUCCUGAAGAAAGGAAAUUAGGAAAAAAUUUAAACAAUUCCUCCAAACCACACAUUUAUAAAUAUUGUCAUAUUUAAAAUGCUUGAAAGGCAUGAAUUAGUGGGAAAGCAGUUUUCUUUUGGCAACAGAAAAAAAAGAAAGUUUACCAAAUGCUUUAAGAACCCAAAGCUGUCCUGUCCUGAUCUGCACCUGAGCAGUGCCAUGAUGACUACAAAAUGCUUAUACUCACCUCUCUCAAGUAGUCUACAGAAAACCCAUUGCAACCAGUGUUUGUAAUAUAUACUGUACUGAUCAGAAGCUAUAGCCUAAAUGUAGUUAAUAGUAAAUACCCAAGAAAGUAUGUCCCCACUAAUGCUGGGAAAGCUGUCAGAUCUGUUGGCUUAAAGGGUUUUCAAAUAUUUUAACAGAACCUUACCUUAUUCCAAAUUAAUUUGAUAUUUCAAAACAAAACAAAAAGAUCAAUUGUAUACCAAGAUAUAGGUGUUAACACCUGAAGGGUUCAUUUUUAUUUUUUAGUUUUUUUUUUAAA